AUGUGUGACGAAAAACAGGAGCAACGUAUCAAUCUCAAAUUUCUCGUUAAAUUGAAAAAAACUCCAACCGAGUGCUAUAAAUUGUUGCAAGAAGCCUAUGGAGGCAAUUCUCUAUCUCGUGCACGUUUUUUUGAGUGGUAUAAGCGCUUCAGUGAAGGCCGAGAGAGCACUGAAGAUGACCAGCGCCCAGGUCGCCCUGUCACCCAAAUCAACCAAAUAAACCAAAUUGUGCGUGCAGAUCGUCGAAUGAGCAUCCGGAUGAUUGCCGAGGCUAUAAACGCCAAUAAAUAA